CUGUAGUGAAAUCACAACAGCGUGUUGACUUAAAAAAAAAAAUAUUAUAUUAUUAUUAACUCAAGUACCUAACUAAGUGAUUAUUAAUAAGUGAAUAAUUAAAAAUAAGUAUCAUAACAAUAAAUUAAUUUUUUUAAAUGAUUAUCAAUACUUAUACUUCGUAAAACUUGACUGAAAUUAGAUCUAACCUAAAUUAAAUUUUCGGUUCCACCAAAUUUAGUUAUAAAUAAAUAAAAUACGAUGUACUCCAUCUGCAAGAACAUUCACCCAGCAACUGGAGUCGAGCAUUCGAUCACGUGCAAUUUUUUCAACCGGUCCGAAAAAUGUCUGGUGGUAGCCGGUGCCAACGUGAUUCGAGUCUUCAAGCUCAUACCGGACAUCGACCCGGUAAAAAAAGACAAAAUAUAUGAAACAAGAGCACCGAAAAUGAAGCUGGAGUGUCUAGCCCAGUACACUCUUUACGGAAACGUCAUGUCCUUACAAGCAGUAACAUUGAUGGGUUCACAGCGUGACUCUUUGCUACUGAGCUUUCGAGACGCCAAGCUGUCAAUCGUCGAGUACGAUCCGGAAACACAUGAUUUGCGGACGGUGUCGCUGCACUACUUUGAGGAAGAAGAAAUGAGAGACGGGUGGACUAAUCAUCACCACAUACCAAUCGUCCGGGUAGACCCUGAAGGUCGAUGUGCUGUUAUGCUGGUCUACGGUAGAAAAUUGGUCGUUCUGCCAUUUAGAAAGGACCCGACACUCGACGACGGUGAUUUGUUGGAGGCUUCAAAAUCAAGUUCCUCCAAAACUCCUAUUUUGUCUUCUUACAUGAUUGUUUUAAAAAAUCUCGAUGAAAAAAUUGAUAAUAUUAUUGAUUUGCAAUUUCUUCAUGGCUACUACGAGCCAACGCUUCUGAUGCUGUACGAGCCGGUGAGAACAUUCGCCGGUAGAAUCGCCGUGAGACAAGACACGUGUGCGAUGGUCGCAAUUUCACUCAACAUUCAACAGAAAGUCCAUCCAGUUAUUUGGUCUGUAUGUAAUUUACCUUUUGAUUGUUGCCAGGCUGUUCCUGUAAAGAAACCUUUGGGAGGUACGUUAAUAAUGGCGGUAAAUUCUUUGAUAUAUCUAAAUCAAAGUAUCCCUCCUUACGGAGUAUCAUUGAACAGUCUUGCCGAAGGAAGUACUAAUUUUCCAUUGAAACCACAGGAAGGCGCAAAAAUGACUCUGGAAGGCGCUCAAGUUGCUUUAAUAUCAUCAGAUCGUCUGGUAAUAUCCUUAAAGAGUGGAGAACUUUAUGUUUUAUCUCUAUUUGCCGACAGUAUGAGAUCUGUACGUGGAUUUCACUUUGACAAAGCUGCUGCUAGUGUCCUUACGACGUGUGUUUGCUUAUGUGAAGAAAACUACCUGUUUCUGGGUUCACGUUUGGGUAAUUCUUUGCUUCUUCGUUUCACAGAAAAAGAAUCCGAGACUUUGCCAGAAGAAAACAGCGUUGCGACUGUCAAUGAGGAAAAUGAGGAAACGCCGGCAAAAAAACAAAGUUUAUUGGGUGACUGGAUGGCGUCUGACGUAUCUGAGAUCAAAGAUCCAGAAGAACUUGAGGUGUAUGGAAGUGAAACUCAAACUUCAAUGCAGAUAACUUCAUACAGUUUUGAAGUCUGUGAUAGUUUGCUAAACAUUGGACCGUGUGGUAACAUUUCGAUGGGCGAAACGGCAUUUUUAUCGGAAGAAUUUUCAUCUAAUGUCGACAUAGACGUUGAGCUUGUUACUACGUCAGGAUAUGGAAAAAAUGGAGCACUUUGUAUACUUCAACGAUCAAUAAGGCCGCAAGUCGUUACGACAUUUGAAUUACCCGGCUGCCAAGACAUGUGGACGGUGAUUGGACCACCGUCUUUUGACCAAAACAACCGCGAAAUUGAGGGAAUUCAUUCGUUUCUUAUUUUAGGCAAUCUAGAUUCAACGAUGAUUCUUCAAACUGGACAGGAGAUCAAUGAAGUUGACCAGAGUGGCUUCAGUACCCAAAGUACUACGGUAUUUGCUGGUAAUCUCGGUGCGAAUCGUUACAUCGUCCAGGUAAAUCCGAUGGGAGUCCGUCUGAUGCAGGGAACAAAUCAGAUUCAACACAUGCCGUUGGAUUUAGGCUGUCCAAUUAUCUACGCAAGCUGCGCAGAUCCCUACGUUGUUUUAUUGGCAGAAGAUGGACAAGUUAUACUGCUAACUCUUCGCGAAGUUCGCGGGUUACCUCGACUGCACGCAGAUCCAGCGAAUUUACUAUUCCGUCCUCAAAUUGAUACAAUAUGCGCUUACAGAGAUGUGAGUGGUCUUUUUACAACCCAGCUUCCUGAAGAAGAGCCAGAAAUCCAGGAAGAAAAUAAAGAGUCAGACGACACAUCAACAGUUAUGGCUGUCGAUAAUGAAGAUGAUUUAUUGUAUGGAGACGGUACUACUUUUCAAAUGCCUCCGAUUUUACCUGUAAAAGCUCCCGAACCGGCGACUAAAAAAAAUCCGUGGUGGCAAAAAUACAUGCAAGAAAUAAAACCAACCUACUGGCUUCUAGUCUACCGGGAUAGUGGAACCCUGGAAAUUUAUUCGCUGCCAGAUUUACAUUUGUCUUACUUGAUACGUAAUUUCGGUCUAGGUCAGUCAGUUCUACACGACAGUAUGGAGUCUACGAAUAUUCUUUCAUCACCGGUAACCGAAUUACCAAACCCAGAAUCUCAGGUUCGUGAAAUAUUGAUGGUAGCUCUGGGUCACCACGGCAAUCGGCCGAUGUUACUAGUCCGUUUGGACACCGAGUUGCAGAUUUAUGAAGUGUACAGGUAUCCAAAAGGCUAUUUAAAAUUACGUUUCAAAAGAUUAGCUCAUGAUAUUAUUCCCGGACAGACAUCAGUUCAGCUAAAGGAAGAAGACAUAGGACACACCGAAAUACGAAGCUCAAUGAUGAGAUACUUCAGCAACAUCGCGGGAUACAAUGGAGUCUUUCUCUGCGGUGAUUAUCCUCACUGGAUUUUCUUGACGAGUCGUGGAGAGCUGAGAACGCAUCCCAUGAGUAUUGAUGGUCCCAUAAGAUCGUUUGCAGCUUUCAAUAAUGUCAAUUGUCCUCAAGGAUUUUUGCAUUUCAAUAGAAAGCAAGAGCUAAGGAUCUGCGUUCUACCGACUCAUUUAUCUUACGACGCACCCUGGCCUGUAAGAAAAGUCCCACUGAGAUGCACACCGCACUUUGUUACUUACCACGUAGAAAGCAAAACUUACUGUGUAAUUACCAGUAUAUCUGAGCCUUUCAAGAGUUACUACAGAUUCAAUGGCGAGGACAAAGAAUUUACUGAAGAAGAAAGACCCGAACGAUAUAUUUACCCAAUUCAAGAACAGUUUAGCAUUGUUCUUUUUUCACCGGUAUCCUGGGAAACGAUUCCCAAUACGAAGAUUGAUUUAGACCAGUGGGAACAUGUUACGUGUUUGAAAAAUGUCGCGCUCGCUUAUGAAGGUACCAGGUCCGGGCUCAAAGGUUACAUAGUCGUGGGAACGAAUUACAACUACGGAGAAGACAUCACCAGUCGUGGCCGAAUUAUUAUCUAUGACAUUAUUGAAGUUGUGCCUGAACCCGGACAGCCGCUGACCAAAAAUAGAUUCAAGAAACUUUACGCUAAAGAACAGAAAGGUCCAAUUACUGCGAUUACACAAGUCUCGGGUUUCUUGGUCUCAGCAGUUGGUCAAAAAAUUUAUAUUUGGCAACUUAAAGACAAUGAUUUGAUAGGAGUUGCUUUUAUUGAUACUCAGAUAUAUAUUCACCAGAUGAUCAGUAUCAAAAGCUUAAUUAUAAUUGCAGAUGUUUACAAAUCAAUAAGUUUGUUAAGGUUUCAAUCAGAAUAUCGUACCCUGUCAUUAGUCAGCAGAGAUUUCCGUCCCGCUGAAAUAUUUUCUUUGGAGUAUUUGAUUGACAAUACCAACCUCGGAUUUUUAGUUUCUGAUGGUGAAAAUAAUUUAUCCUUAUUCAUGUAUCAGCCGGAGUCACGAGAGAGUCUCGGAGGACAAAAACUUAUUAGGAAAGCAGACUUUCAUCUUGGACAAAAAAUAAAUACUUUCUUUAGGAUUAAAUGCAAGGCUACAGAUAUUGCUAAUCCGGCUAAAGUUUUUCCUGGAGCUGAUAAAAGACAAGUUACCAUGUUUGCUACACUGGAUGGCGCCCUGGGAUACGUUUUGCCGGUACCGGAAAAAGCUUACAGACAUUUACUUAUGUUGCAAAACGUGUUAGUUACUCACAUAUGUCACACCGCUGGAUUAAAUCCUAAGGCUUUUCGAACUUACAAAAGCUAUGUUCGGAUGCAAGGUAACCCUGCACGUGGUAUCAUCGACGGAGAUCUUGUUUGGAAAUACCUGCAGCUGCCAAAUAAUGAAAAAGCUGAAAUAGCGAAAAAAAUAGGAACUCGUAUGACGGAUAUUAUUGAGGACAUAUUCGAAAUCGAUCGUCAAACAGCACAUUUUUAAUUUUAUUAAUGUGUCAAUUGUUUUAGUGACAAGAAAAAAAUGUAUAUAUGACAUUAAUUUUUUGCUC